AAUAAUUGUUUUGCAGAAAAUUUAAACAAUCGAUUAGAUUGUUAUAUUGAAAAUGACUUUCAUGUCGAUAAACAGUCGUGUGAAUUGCGUAACUGUAUUUGGGAUCCCAAUCCCCGACCACAGGGUAUACCCAUAUGUUAUUUGGACCCAAAACUGGUCGGCUAUCGUGUGGUAGUCGACUCAGUAAAGCCUACCGACUCGGGUCUAGAUCUGGAUCUACAGCUCAAAGAUACGGCCCAUCAAACCUUAACCGAACCGUCCAUAGAAUCGUUAAAAUUUUCGGUCAAAUAUAUGACCGAAAAUAUCCUGAGAUUUACGCUCAGGGAUGCCAAACAUCGUAGAUAUGAAGUACCCAUACAAUCGACAUUCAAUUUGUUGGAUUCGGUGGAAAUGGAUGCCAAUCGGCGCCAGUAUUCACUGGAUUUGGGCACCAAUUUGACUGACUUUCAGUUUGCAAUUACCCGAAAAUCAACGAAAACUAAAUUAUUUGAUACAUCAAUAGGUGGUCUAAUAUAUUCCGAUCAAUUCAUACAGUUGGCCACAAAUUUGGCUACCGAUCGGGUAUACGGUUUCGGCGAAAAUCUACAUCAAACACUCAGACACAAUAUGGCCUACAAAACGUGGUCAAUGUUCGGUAGGGAACCGGUAGGCAUACGGGAUAACUAUCCGCACAAUCUGUACGGUAUUCAACCGUUUUAUACGGUACUUGAAACGGAUGGCAAAGCGCAUGGAGUACUGUUCCUCAACAGCAAUGUUAUGGACUAUACACUACUACCCGAACCGGGACUGGCGUUGAAGUCGGGCGGCGGUAUUCUAGACUUUUUCCUGUUUAUGGGCGACAAUCCCGAACACGUUAUCCAAUUGUAUACAUCGGUGAUUGGCCGCACUCAUAUGCCACCAUUUUGGGCACUGGGCUAUCAACUGUGUCGGUAUGGUUUCAAAAAUACCAGUCAUAUAAAACAGACCAUUGACCGUAACUUACGUGAAUCGAUACCAUUGGAUGUCAUGUAUGUCGACAUCGACUAUAUGAACGGUUUCCGUGACUUUACCUACGAUCCGGUGGCAUUCAAAGGCCUACCGGAGCUGAUGGGGAAUACCAGACAGCAAAACAGUAUACGCUGGACAUUGGUCAUCGAACCGCAUGUAGAAGCUAGCUUAAAGAAAAACUACUCGACCUUUGACCUGGGCUACACUGAUAACGUGUUUGUCCGAUGGGAUCCAACGGUACCGGUUAAGGACAGACACUAUCCUGACGAGGAUGUACCACUAGAUAAAGGUAUAUACUAUGGUCAUCAGUGGCCCGACGGACCGGUAGCCUAUGUCGACUGGUUUGCCAAUCGUACUGACCAAUGGUGGGCCAAUCAGAUCCGCCAGUUUCAUAGUGUACUACCGUUUGACGGCCUAUGGACGGACAUGAAUGAACCGGUAGAGUCAUCCGGUAUGAUAUGUCCUAAAAACAAGUACGACUAUCCGCCGUUUAGAUCAGACGCCCUGUAUGCCGGUCCUCAAUUGUCUGUCUGGACAAUAUGUAUGGUAUGCCGAUUAGGGCCGUCGACCACCACCACCAUCACUGGCCAGGAGUCGGAGGAGGAGUACCUGCACUAUGAUGUUCACAACAUCUAUGGCCUGAAACAGUCGAUAAGUACCAAAAAUGCUAUACAGUCGACAACUGGCAAACGCGGUAUGCUAUUAUCACGUAACACUUAUGUAACAUCCGGCCGUUACGCUGCCCACUGGUUGGGCGAUAAUGCAUCCAAAUGGACACACUUGAGGAACUCCGUAAUCGGAAUGCUAGAGUUUAACAUGUUUGGCAUCAAUUUUGUAGGUGCCGAUAUAUGCGGAUUCAAUGAGCAGACAACACCGGAAUUGUGUCUCCGAUGGCACCAAUUGGGCGCUUUCUAUCCGUUCAGCCGUAACCAUAACGAGCGGUCCAACUCUGACCAGGAUCCGGCUGUCUGGGCCGAUCGUGGUCAUCGGGAGGUUACCGACGGUGCCCGAUCGUCGCUACAGUUACGCUAUCAACUGCUACCACAUUUGUAUACACUAUUUUAUCGGGCACAUCUGACUGGCGGGACAGUUGCCCGGCCAAUGUUUUACGAGUGGCCACUCGACCCGAUUACCCACGAUAUUGAUCAGCAAUUUAUGUGGGGCUCCAGUAUACUAAUAUCGCCCAUCAUGUAUGAGAAUAAAACCGAAAUCAAUGGUUAUCUACCGCCCGGUGACCGAUGGUAUGAAGUUCGGCCUCAAUUCAAACGUGUAGCCACAACUGGCCGGGUAGUGAUUCGUGACCCUCAAUCGGGUACACCGCCCAUACAUUUUCGGGGCGGUUCAAUAAUACCGAUGGUUAGCGACCAUCGACUAGUCAGCACCACUGGUCAGCGGGAAACGUUUCGCCGGCUAAAUCUUAUUGUAUUGCCAACCAAUAGUAGUAGUGGACAGUCGGCUGUCAGUAAUUAUCGGGCCACGGGUGAACUAUUUUGGGACGACGGCGAUAGUAUCGGUACCAUUGAACAAAACAAAUACAAUUUAUAUAGAUUUGAAUUGACAAACUGUUUGCUAAACAUAACGGUACUUAAGAGUGGACUAUACCAGUCGUCCACUGGUAUACCGGUGCCCAUUAUCAACAAGAUAGUAGUGGUUGAUACCGAUCCCAGUGGCCAAGUAUUGGCUACACUUAACGAUAGUCCAGUAAAAGCCAGUCACCAAUCGGCGAGUACUGAGAUUGAACUAAAUCUUCAAUUGGACGGCCAGUUGUCUAAGGAGUGGACAAUCAAAUGGUCGAUAGCAUCGGACAAUGACUACAACACUAAUACUACAGGUGCGCCAAAAUGCGAUAUAUUAUGAAUGGAAAAAUAAAUGGUUUUAAUUAUCUAUUUUU